GGGCCCAGAGGACGCGGGCGGGAAGGCUGCCUGAGCGCUUACCGCGUGCCGCCAUGUCCGCGCUUCAGCGUCUUCUGGUUCUGCGACCACCGUCUCUUCUUCGUCUUAUGACAAAUAGGUUUUGGAAAAAGUUACCUGUGUUGACCCUGAACUCGCGCCUUUAUGAGACUCAGCAGGAAGAGAAGUCCAUACCCAUCAGCCGUUAUUCCAUUCCCUACAAGAAGGACCUGCCUUUUGACAUUGUAGAGCUCAUGGAAGAGAUAGAAAUGAAGACAGGAUUUUUACCAAAUAUAUUUAAAGUAUUGUCUCACCGGCCAGUGGAGUUCAGAGCCUUCUUUGCUUAUUACAAUGCCAUCUGCAACAAAGAAACAGGCCACCUCAGUAGAACUGACAAGGAACUCAUCAUUAUGGUGACCAGUCUGGCUGACAGGUGCAUGUACAACAUAGUUGUCCAUAGUGCCCGGCAUAGGAUCUUUUCGAAGAACCCAGUGCUCUCUGACCAGGUCUUUAUGAAUUGGAGAAAGUCUGACCUCCCUGCUCGGGAAAAGGCAAUGCUGGAGUUUGCACUUGCUGUUUCCCAAGCUGAUGACAUAACAGAUGACCAUUUCAAAAAGCUUGAGAUGCAUGGCUUCAACCAAGAAGAUGCCUGGGAUAUAGCUGCCAUUGCAGCUUUUUAUGCCAUGUACAACCGCUUUGCUCUUUUUGUCAGUCUUGUACCCAACAAGGAAUUCUAUUUGAUGGGCAGAACCAGUGAUGUCAAAGACAUCAGGGGGAAACUUGCUUGCCCACAAAAUAUAAAAGACUGACUGGAAAGAGCAGUGUAUAUAUAAAGCAUAUUGCAUUAUAUCAUUUGGGAAGCAACUUUUUAAAAAUACUAGUCAGUGGAUAGUUAAAUAAAUUUGCUCCCUGUCUGCUUGAUGAGAUAGAUUCUAAGUGUUGGGAGUAUGCAGGCACAUAGGAUAUGGGCCUAGAGCACACAUUAUAGGGAACCUUCGUUUACAUUUGUUGUGGUCUAAGGAUCAUCAGGGGCAAGGACUUUCAAGGAUGCUUCAGGCAUUUCUGACAAACUAAUCUCUGUGAAUUUCAGCAAUUUAAGUUGGAAAUAUUUUAGGAUUCAAAAAUAGUAUUACAUAGAAAUUAGUCAGUAUAGACUGAUUUGAAAUCAAUUCCUUGUUAACAUGGUUGAAUUUAAAGGCUCUCAAAGGCAGUAAAUAAACAGUUAAUUAAUUUCUAGUGAUUUAUUUUUACUGACAGGUUGUAAAAUCAUUGUCAUCUCAGUAAGGAUUUCAUUUUUAGGUAACUUAUUAUUUUAGGUGUUGGGGAAAAAAAAAAAUUCCAGUAAUUGAGCAUGUGCAUUUUAAGUAGAUGCAUAACAAGAAAAAAAAGCCUGGCAUCUGAAUGACUUGUUCUUUGUGUUACAACCACCACUGUCUUAAGUCUGUGACUGUCUUAACUUUCAAAAAUUAUUUUUAUUAUACAAGUGGUAAGAGUUGAAUACAGACCUACACAUGGUUUUUGUUUCCAUUUGGCUUUUCUAGAUUCUCUAAAUUGUGAAUAGUUCUUAAUCAGUUAUCGGGGCUCCAAUAAAUUUUGAAUUACCUGAACUUGAAAUCUGAAUAUCUUGAGCCAGCAUAACCCCUCAUUGCAGAGAUUGCAUUUUUCUCUUGAAACUGUACCAUAAAUACCUUCAUAUAUAUAACCUUUUAAAAUUUAGUUCAGGGCCUCCCUGGUGGCGCAAGGGGUUAAGAUGCAACCUAUGAAGCUAUCCGCAGCCACUGCAGCACGAGUUGGAUCCCCGGGCACGGAGCUCCCCACAUGGCACAGCAGACAUCCCCUGACUCGCCCGCUGUCCCCUCUGCAGUGUAUUUCAGUUGAUCUGCCUGUUCUGCUCCCCACUCUGUCUCUGGUGAAUCCUCUCAUCCUCCCCACACACACCUCAGACCUGUACCCCAGUUCUUGUAUGCAUAAAUAAAU